AUGAGGGCUGGCAUGGCCGCCGCCGUCGCCCGGCCCGCCACCCUUACCGCUACCAAUGCCGCUGGUUACGCCACGCUCCGUGAGAUCGAGGGUCGCCUCAAGUCGAUUCGCAACAUCGAGAAGAUCACCAAGACCAUGAAGGUCGUCGCCUCCACCAAGCUCACCCGCGCCCAGAAGGCCAUGGCUACCUCGCGUACCUACGGCCAGACCUCCAACGCCGUCUUUGAGAGCGCCGAGACCAAGCCCCUCGACAACGGCAACAAGACAUUGAUCGUUGUCUGCUCCUCGGACAAGGGUCUCUGCGGUGGUAUCCACUCUGGUAUGUCGAGGAAGGUCCGCAAGAUGCUUCUCGAGGCCCCCAAUACCGACAUCGCCGUCAUUGGUGAGAAGUGCAAGGCUCAGCUGUCCCGUUCCAACGGAAAGAACUUCGUCCUCAGCUUCGCUGGUGCCGGAAAGGACAUCCCUACCUUCGCCGAUGCCUCCGCCAUUGCCGACCAGAUCUCGCUCCUCCCCACCGACUACGCCUCCAUCCAGAUCGUCUACAAUAGCUUCAUCAACGCUGGUUCUUACGAGGCCAUUGUCCAGGAGGCUUACUCCCAGGAGGCCAUCACCCAGUCCGCCAACUACUCCGCUUUCGAGAUCGAGGACGAGGCUCUCCCCAACCUCCGCGAGUACGCUCUUGCCAACUCCCUCUACUGGGCACUUGCUGAGGGCCACGCUUGCGAGCAGUCCGCGCGCCAGAACGCCAUGGACAACGCCUCCAAGAACGCCGGUGACAUGAUCAACAAGUUCCAGAUUCUGUACAACCGUACCCGUCAAGCCGUCAUUACUGGCGAACUCGUCGAGAUUAUUACUGGUGCGGCUGCUUCCGAGUCGUAG